AAGCCACUCCUUAUUCUUGAUGAUCUCCUGAGCGUAUUAAAUGAUUCACCUAGAGUUUUAAUAAAUGGGCUGAGAUCAGCCCAUUAAUAAUUACCGGUUACGAAAUCUGUAUUGAUGGGCUUUGGCCCAUUUUGAUAUCUGGUGCCCAAUUUCCAGUAUUGCCCCCAGGGAAAUGUUUUUUUUUUUUUUUGGGUAAGAUUAAUUGAGCAUUUCCUUUCAGAGGAAUAGUUAAUUUUAUGUUAAGUGAUGGAAUAUUAGUUUAUUACAUGAAAUCUUUUAAAUUCGGUCAAUCGUCGGAUAGAAAAGAGGGGGUCUGCUUCUUCUCUCUCUUCUGUCUCCCUCUCUCUUCGCUCUGUGUUUUCUGGGUCUAUCGUCUUCGCUGAAAUCCCUAAUUAUUGCUCCUACCUCCAUCAAUUUCCCGCCAAAGGCUGUGGGGAAGAACGAAAAUUGAAGCCUUGAAAGUUGUUCCGAUCGCCGAAGAGUUUGAGUCUCUAGCUCUCUCGCAAUCGCCGUCAAGUUAGGGGAGGAUCUGAGGUUUGCUUUGUGCUUCACUCUGGUUCUGUGGUCUCUGGUCGCUUCGACGGAAGAUGGAGAGAUUCUCGAUGGGUUUGAUCUAUAGCUGCAGCUCGCUGUGUGUUUGAUUCGUCUUCUUCUUCAUUUCGUCGGUUGGGCGUUUUCUUUUGCAUUUACUUUCUUCCUUUUUGGUUUCCUGGAGCGAAUGAUUGGAGAUCUACACUUAGGGUGGAACAUCUUCUCCCAAGAUCUUCAGUGCACAUCUGUUGCAGAUACUGAGCCUGCCGGUCUGAACUGUGGGAACAACAUGGUUGUGAAAGCGUACCCGUUAGGCAUGGUCCGGAUUAUGAACAACAACGGCAUAGGUGAAGACGAAGGAGACUCAGGAGUUGAACCAUAUGUGGGUCUAGAAUUUGACUCUGUGGAAGAGGCACGGGAGUUCUACACUUCUUAUGCUACGCGUACGGGUUUCAAAGUUAGGUCAGGUCAGAUGUAUAGGUCAAGAACAGAUGGGACGGUUACAUCGAGAAGGUUUGUUUGUUCAAAGGAGGGUUUUCAGCUGAAUUCAAGGACUGGAUGUCCUGCAUUCGUCAGGGUGCAGCGACGUGAUACUGGGAAAUGGGUUCUUGACCAAAUCCAGAAAGAGCACAACCAUGAGCUUGGAGGUCAAGUGGAGGAGACUCCCCGCCCCCCGGUCGUAAGUCAGAGACCUCCAGCUCCUACAAAGCUAGCUGUGUCAGUUCCACAUAGACCCAAGAUGAAAGUUAUCGAUGAAUCUGAUAAAGCACUGUCUUGCCCGUCUGGUGUAAUCUCUUUCAAACGCUUCAAAGGGGCAGGAGAUGGUGGUGAUGUGCAAACACAGCCCAAUGCCGCUGAACCAUAUGCAGGCUUGGAGUUCAGUUCGGCUAAUGAAGCGUGCCAGUUUUAUCAGGCGUAUGCAGAAGUUGUGGGUUUUAGGGUUCGGAUUGGUCAAUUGUUUCGUUCAAAAGUCGAUGGAUCGAUCACAUCUAGACGGUUUGUGUGCUCAAAAGAAGGGUUUCAGCAUCCUUCAAGAAUGGGCUGUGGAGCUUACAUGAGAAUAAAAAAACAGGACUCUGGAGGUUGGAUAGUGGAUCGUCUCAAUAAAGAUCAUAAUCAUGAGCUUGAGCCAGGGAAGAAGAAUGCGGGUAUGAAAAAGAUUACAGAGGAUGUGACAGGAGGGUUAGAUUCUGUGGAUCUUAUUGAAUUAAAUGACUUCGGAAACCACAUCAAGAAAACCCGUGAAAACACGAUUGGGAAGGAGUGGUAUCCGGUGCUUCUAGAGUAUUUUCAGACCAGACAGGCUGAGGACACGGGAUUCUUUUAUGCUGUUGAACUAGACAGCAACGGCAGCUGUAUGAGCGUUUUCUGGGCGGACAGCCGAGCAAGGUUUGCCUGCAGUCAGUUUGGCGAUGCUGUCGUUUUCGACACGUCAUACAGGAAAGGAAACUACUCUGUCCCAUUUGCUACAUUUGUUGGUUUUAAUCACCACAGGCAACCUGUGCUUCUUGGCUGUGCCCUUAUUUCUGACGAAUCUAAGGAGGUUUUCACGUGGUUAUUUCAGACAUGGCUUCGUGCCAUGUCUGGCCACCGUCCAAGGUCCAUUGUAGCUGAUCAGGACUUGGCUAUCCAGCAAGCUGUGGCUCAAAUCUUUCCCGGGACCCAUCACCGAUACUCAUCUUGGCAAAUCAGGGCCAAGGAACGAGAGAAUCUGAGGGCGUUUCCCAAUGAAUUCAAGUAUGAGUAUGAGAAGUGUAUAUACCAGACGCAGACAACAGUUGAGUUUGACACAAUGUGGAAUGCUCUUGUUAACAAAUACGGUUUGAGGGAUAACAUGUGGCUUAGGGAAAUGUAUGAAAAGCGUGAGAACUGGGUUCCCGCAUAUCUAAGGGGCACUUUCUUUGGCGGAAUCCCAAUAAAUGGUAACGUUGAACCGUUCUUUGGCACUUCCUUGGAUUCUCUAACGCCUCUCAGGGAGUUCGUUUCGUGUUACGAGCAAGGGCUUGAGCAACGCCGUGAGGAGGAAAGGAAAGAGGAUUUUAAUUCUUACAACCUGCAGCCAUUUCUGCAGACAAAAGAACCCGUGGAAGAACAGUGCAGAAGGCUGUACACACUCACCAUCUUCAGGAUCUUCCAAAACGAGCUCGUCCAAUCGUAUAACUAUCUCGGGUUAAAGACCUACGAGGAAGGAGCCAUCAGCAGAUUCCUGGUGAGAAAAUGUGGGAACGAGAAUGAGAAGCAUGCUGUCACCUUCAGUGCGACGAAUCUCAACGUGAGUUGCAGUUGCCAGAUGUUUGAAUACGAAGGAUUGCUCUGCAGGCAUAUCCUGAAAGUUUUCAACCUCUUAGACAUGAGAGAACUCCCAUCACGGUAUAUACUUCACCGCUGGACCAAGAAUGCAGAGUUUGGGUUUGUAAGAGACGUGGAAUCGGGUGUAAGUUCUCAGGACCUCAAGGCCCUGAUGGUGUGGAGCCUGAGAGAGGCAGCCUCUAAGUACAUAGAGUUUGGGACAUCGUCACUGGAGAAGUACAAGCUUGCGUAUGAAAUCAUGCGAGAGGGCGGGAAGAAACUGUGUUGGCAGAGAUGAACACUGGCUGGAAGUAGAAAAGUAAGAUCAUCUCUAUUCUCUCCUUUCUCGGUUUAACAAUCUGAUCUUUAUCGCUAGGGUUCAAAUUUUCUGCGGAUAGCUGGUCGUUUUUCUGGUAUCUUUCUCCUGCUCUGUUUUAUUACCGCAUUGAUGUCUGAAAAGUCUCCUGAAUCAUUUGCCAUGAAAAAGCCACUUUAAAAUUGGCAGUUAAUGA